UGCUGCCAGCUUAUCACAGCGAAAUACCCCGCUGCUCAAUUUUUUGCAUUCCCUUCAAUACCGCAGCUCUACUUAAGCCGGGCAAUCCCUUUGCCACCUCUGCCUUGAGCCGUUGCUCAAAUCUGUACGAUUCGGAAAUGAUGGCAUCGUCUACCAUAUCACACAAAUGCGGUAUCAUCAAAGCAGGCCUCAAAGCCGUUGCGUCAGCCGCUCUUGAGGCCGCAGCACCGCCAAUGAUCACCUCUGCAGAUCUCUGCGACUUCAGAGACAAGUUCAUCCUAUGGUCCGGAAACAUGGGUGCCAUGCAUCAGCCUUCUUCAAGCCUGUCACUCGAGUGCCGGCUUUCUGGCGCCCAAGGAGUGCUCGCCCACAUCCACAGACUCCUAGGUGACCUUCGAGAUGCCUUGGAGGAAGUCCUUCCUCUCCUCUCUCCCCAACCCCCGGACUCUAUCCGGGACUCUGCCACAAGCUCUGAAGUUGUCGGCCCUCCUGGUAGGGAGGAGGAGCUAGAGUAUGCAGAGUCGCUGGCGGGCGAGAUAUCUGAUACCCUGAGAGGUCUUUUCCGCGCCGGGAUACUUGUGCGCAAAGCCACCAGCAGGGACAGGUUCGCACACGCACUCAAGCACUCGACGUCAGAAUUCCUGGACCUGUACGACAAGGAGUACGUGCACCGGAAGUGCUCCAAGCUCAGGAGGCUGGCCGAUCAGUCGCACUGGCUGGUGCACCGGCUGGGUUCGGCAAACGUCAAGAGACGCCAAGUCCAGCAGUACUACCGGGAUCACAAGGCCCGGCUCGCUGAACCAAAAGAAGGCGACCAUGAGGAGACUCCAACGGAGAGGCUCUCAAGCAAAGCAACGACCCUGGCCCCGGCGCGACUAGAAGCCGAGUUCAGCAAAGCCGGCACGCCGGUCGAGGAAGAGUACGAGGGCGCCAUGUCCGUCACCACAGCAGUGACAACAUUCGAUAGAGCCACUUCACUCGCUCUGCCAAGACUCACCGAUCUUUCCCAGCCCGCGGAACCAUUUGAGUGUCCCAUCUGCUUUCUACUCUCCUGUUUUAGCAGCGAGAAGGCCUGGAAGAUUCACGCCUUUGCCGAUAUUAGACCCUAUGUCUGUACCCUGGGCGGCGGGCCGGAAUGUGAAGGCCUGAUGUUCCCGGACCGGAACUCCUGGUUUCGACACGAGCUCACCCAGCACCGAUCCCAAUUCGCAUGCGCCGAGUGCAAGGUCGAGUGCGGCUCCGAGCCCAAGUUUAGGGAUCACCUUGCCAAGCACGGCGAGUCCCCGGGCGAACGCAUGGAUGAUCUGGUAGCCGCGGGGCGCAGGGUGCAGCGCACUUUCGUCGCUGGAGAAUGUCCUUUCUGCGAUGAAUGGGAGGCCGCCAAGGCCGCCGCUUCGUCGCAGGUGGUAACUGGGCCUCAGCUCAAAAGGCAUGUGGCAACGCACCUGGAGCAGCUGGCGCUCUUUGCAGUCCCGCGGGCAGUCGCAACAAAUAACGAGAACGAAGAAGGAAAAAAGGAAGAAGAAGAAGAGGCCGAAAACGCGCGCGAGGGCAUCCCUCUUCGCUACGGGCCAGGGAGAUAUAUUACCUACAAGCCAGGGAGCUGGAAAUGCUGCCGCUGCGAGUUUGUCAAUUUUCCUUUCUUGGGCACUUGCGCCAUCUGCAUUGAGAGUGAGAGACCUCACGACAUGUGUGGUCGCUGUACGGAAAUUUCGUUAGGCUGGGAGCAGGACAAGAGGCAGCAUACAUAGCCAGGGCUCGAGAGGGCGGGCAUUGGAUGCUUAGAUCUUGCAUUUGUAGUAAGGUCAAGCGUUCGUGUUCAUCUCUCCGAAGAGAUCUCGGUACCCGACUUGCACAGGCGAGCAGGAGAAAAGGUCAUACCAGUAGGGUGUAUACAUUUAUUUUACCAUGGCUUUUAUAAAAGACAUGACUCCCACCCAUAUGAGGGAAGAACAG